GGGGGUGUGAAUUGGAUGGAGCUUGAAACUGUGGGUGGGGGGGGCAAAGUGAAAAUAGAGCAAAUAUUUUCCUUUUGCAUCUCAGAGGGAGGACUGUUACUGGGAGGAAGAACAAACGAUUGUUGUUGUUGGGUGCAUGUGACCGUACGCCACCACCACGGUAAGCUCAAAGCCUCAGCUGACGAAGACGACGACGAAGAAGAGGGAGGAGGAGGAGGAUCCCCGCGGCCUCUGGCGAGGAUGGCUUCGAUCUCGUCGUCCAGCCCCCGGACGGUGGAGGAGAUCUACAAGGACUUCACCAGUCGGCGCUCCGCUCUCGUCCGCGCCCUCACCUACGAUGUCGAUGAGUUCUACUCGCUCUGCGAUCCAGAGAAGGAGAAUUUGUGUUUGUAUGGACACCCGAAUGAGUCGUGGGAAGUGGCUUUGCCAGCAGAGGAGGUUCCUCCUGAGCUUCCUGAGCCCGCCUUAGGAAUCAAUUUUGCCAGAGAUGGAAUGAAGCGGAAAGACUGGCUUUCCUUGGUCGCGGUGCACAGUGAUUGUUGGUUGCUCUCUGUUGCCUUCUACUUUGGUGCCCGCCUUAACGCCAAUGAGAGGAAGCGUCUGUUCAGCCAUAUAAACGAGCUGCCCACUCUCUUUGAAGUUGUAACUGAAAGGAAGCCCAACAAAGACAAGCCUAACAUGGAUAGUGGAAGCAAAUCAAGGAACAGCACAAAGAGGUCCUCUGAGGGACCGGGAAGAAGCACACCGAAGUCGUAUGAGGACAGCUAUGGAGAAGAAGAAGAUGAGCAUAGCGAGACCCUGUGCGGGAGUUGUGGAGGGAACUACAAUGCAGACGAGUUCUGGAUCGGGUGUGACAUCUGCGAGAGGUGGUUUCAUGGAAAAUGCGUGAAGAUAACACCGGCCAAGGCCGAGAGCAUCAAGCAGUACAAGUGCCCUUCUUGUAACUCGAAGCGGAGCAGGCAGUGACCAGACAGCGUGUUUCAGGGAGAGGAAAUGGAAAAUGUUUUACUCCUUAAAAUGGACUUCUUGAGCGAGUUCAACCCGGCGAAUUUGGUUCCAACUCUUCAGGGAUUUGGUAACAUGAUAAACAUGUUUGUUUUGUCUCCAUGUCGGGCCCGGGUUCUGCUGAGAACUGACUCACACGUAACAGAUUGUGAUGACCCCAGCUGGACAGUACACAUUCUAUGCCCGGCGUUUACCAGUUUAAACUUUUGGAUUGGUGAUCGAUAUAUGAAGCUCUAAUUUUAAUUUUCCAUGACCUGGUCAUUUAUUGGCUGGGUCAUAAAUGGAUGGAAAGUUCACUCAGCUGAUUUUUCACGUAA